AUGGCACCGACGAACGGUAGCAACGGACGGAGACAGUACGGCAGCUGCAGCAAUCGGCACCGCAAGAUGUCGCUCCUGUGGCUGUUACUGAUGAUAUGUGCCUUCAGCGGGGACAGCGGCGGAGGAGGCCCCGGUCCCGGCUGGGCCUCGGCGGAGCACGUGCGCGAGCUGGAGGUAUCGGAGGGAGUGCCGGUCGGCCACCACAUCGGCUUCAUCGGCGAGUUCCUGCAGGCGGCGGACGACGUGGCGGUGGACAGUGGUCCCCCGUAUCUGAUCGUGCCGGUGCCGGGCAGUGCCGUCGACACGGAUCUGGCGAUCGACCAUACGACGGGCGAGAUCCGGACGAAGGUGCCACUGGAUCGGGAGAACCGCUCGUCCUACUCGCUCGUGGCCAUCCCUCUGAGCGGUGAGAACGUACGCGUUGUGGUACGCGUCCUGGACGAGAACGAUAACGCGCCCACCUUCCCGACACCGCUCAUGAACAUCGAGUUCCCGGAGAACACACCUCGGGACGUCAAGCGGACACUCAAUCCGGCCCGGGACACCGACCUGGGGCGAUACAACACCCAGCGCUACAGCAUCGUGUCGGGGAACGUGAACAAUGCGUUCCGGUUGUCAUCGCACCGCGAACGGGACGGGGUCCUGUACCUGGACCUGCAGAUCAACGGGUUCCUCGAUCGGGAGACGACCCCGGCGUACAGCCUGCUGGUGGAAGCGCUGGACGGGGGCAGCCCACCGCUGCGUGGGCUCAUGACCGUGAACAUCACGAUCCAGGACGUGAACGACAAUCAACCGAUCUUCAAUCAGAGUCGGUACUUUGCGACGGUGCCCGAGAACGCGACGCUCGGCACGACCGUGCUGCAGGUGUACGCCACGGAUCAGGACGCCGGUGAGAACGGGCUGGUGGAGUACGCGAUUAACCGGCGGCAGAGCGACAAGGAGCAGAUGUUCCGGAUCGACCCAGCCACCGGACUGAUCUCCGUCAACAAGCCGCUCGACUUCGAGACGCGCGAACUGCACGAGCUGGUCGUGGUGGCGAAGGAUCGGGGAGCCCAACCGCUCGAAACGACCGCGUUCGUAUCGAUCCGCGUGACGGACGUGAACGACAACCAGCCGAUCAUCAACGUGAUCUUCCUGAGCGAUGACGCGACACCGAAGAUCUCGGAGUCGGCUCAACCGGGCGAGUUCGUGGCUCGGAUCUCCGUCAACGAUCCGGACUCGCGGACCGAGUACUCGAACGUGAACGUAACGCUGUCGGGCGGUGAGGGACACUUCGGGUUGACCACACGGGAUAACAUCAUCUACCUGGUGAUCGUGUCGCUGCCUCUGGAUCGCGAGAUCAAACCGAAUUACACGCUGAGCGUGAUCGCGACGGACACCGGCAACCCGCCGCUGCACGCGGCCAAGGACAUCUUCCUCACAGUCACCGACAUCAACGACAACGCGCCCGAGUUCGAGCGGGACGCGUACCACGCGAACGUGAUGGAGGUGGCCGACCCGGGCACCUCCGUCGUGCAGGUGACCGCGAUCGACCGGGACGAGGGCAACAACUCGGCCAUCGUCUACUCGCUCCUGGACACGCCCGACACGCACUCGCACUGGUUCCAGAUCGAUGGCCACUCGGGCCUGAUCACGACCCGGGCCCACAUCGACUGCGAGACCGACCCGGUGCCGCGGCUGAUCGUCCUCGCCCAGGACAACGGCCGGCCACCGCUCUCCUCCACCGGCACCGUGCUCGUCACCAUCCACGACGUGAACGACAACGAGCCGAUCUUCGACCAGAGCUUCUACAACGUGUCCGUCGCCGAGAACGAGUCCAAGGGCCGCUGCAUUCUCAAGGUAUCGGCUACCGAUCCGGACUGUGGCGUUAAUGCAAUGGUGAACUACACGCUGGGCGAGGGCUACAAGAAAAUUACCGAGUUCGAGAUCCGGGCGGGCACCGGCGAGGUCUGCAUUGCCAGCGAGCUGGACUACGAGACGCGCAACUCGUACGAGUUUCCCAUCAUCGCCACCGACCGAGGUGGGCUCAGCACGACCGCCAUGGUGAAGAUCCAGCUGACCGAUGUCAACGACAACCGGCCGACGUUCUAUCCGCGGGAGUACAACGUCUCGCUGCGGGAAUCGAUGCCGACGAAUUCGCUCCUGUCCACGCCGGUGGUGGUCGUCGUGGCGACCGACUCCGAUUCGGGCAGCUUCGGCACCAUCAGCUACCGGAUAGUGGCCGGCAACGAGGCCGGCAUCUUCCGGAUGGAUCGGUUGACGGGUGAAAUCUUUGUCACACGGCCCAACAUGCUAUCGAGCCGGACGCAGCCUUACCAUCGGUUAAACAUUUCGGCCAGCGACGGCGGUGGCCUGCGUUCCACGCACGAUGCGGAAGUGUUUAUUAGUGUAAUCGAUGCCACGCAGCGGCCACCGAUCUUCGAUAAACCACGGUACACGUACUACGUUAAGGAGGACGUCAAACGGAACACCGUCGUCGGAACGGUUUCUGCCACGAGCAGCAGUUCAGGCAAUCGAGGUUCGCUGCGCUACUUCAUCUACUCCGGUGAUCCGGAUGGCUAUUUUGCGAUCGACCCGGUAUCCGGCAACAUCCGCGUGGCCAAUGCGCUCGACCACGAAACAAAACCGCAGGUGCUGCUCAACAUCCAGGCCACCAGCGGUGAUCCGCCGGCGUACGGCCACACGCAGGUCAACAUCGACAUCGAGGACGUGAACGACAAUCCGCCCGAGUUUGAGUCCAACACGGUCCGGAUCUCGGUGCCGGAGAACGUGGAAACCGGCUCGCCGCUGUACGAGGCAAACGCCCAGGACCGCGAUUCGGGCAUGAGCGGUGUCAUUGCGUACCGACUGGCGGCGACCGGCCACGAUAACGGGCUGUUCAGCAUCGACAGCCGCAGCGGACACCUGACGCUGGCCCGCCCGCUCGACUACGAGUCCGUGCAGCGCCACACGCUGGUCGUGACGGCGUCCGAUUCCGGCACCCCGACGCUCUCCACCAACCUGACCAUUCUAGUCGAGGUGCAGGACGUGAACGAUAAUGCACCGAUCUUCGAGAAGCACGAGUACGCCAUCAAGGUGAUUGAGUCGACCCCGAGCAACUCGCAGAUUCUGCAGGUUAGUGCGACGGAUGCUGACACCGGGAACAACGCGCGGUUGACGUACAAAAUUCUGGGUGAUGACUAUCAGCGGACGGGCAAGUCGACUCAGCCGGCGUCACCGGAUCAGCCUGUGUCGGAGAUUUUCGGCAUCUUCCCCAACAGUGGCUGGAUUUACCUGCGGACCCGGCUCGAUCGCGAAGUGAAGGAGCGCUACAACAUCACGGUGAUCGUCAGCGAUAACGGUGUGCCAACGCUGACGGCCACGGCCCACGUUAUCGUGACGAUACUGGACGCUAACGACAAUAGUCCGAUCUUUGCGAAAACUCUCUACGAGUUUGAGAUCGAAGAAAACAUGCGCCGCGGUGCGGUCAUCGGAACGGUGGCGGCGACCGACGCCGACGCUGGCAUCAAUGCCGUCGUGCGGUUCAGUCUCAUCCCGAGCAACACGAGCUUUCAGAUUAAUCCCGUCUCAGGUGAAAUUACGACUCGCGAAUCGCUCGACCGGGAAUCGAAAGCCUCGUACGAUCUGGUGGUGGAGGCGCGCGAUCAGGGCACCCCGUACCGGAGCUCGCGGGUUUCCGUGCGGAUACAGAUACUGGACAUGAACGACAACGCGCCGGACAUUGUGGACCCGCAAGAGGAUGUGGUGAGCGUACGCGAAGAGCAACCGAUCGGGACGGAGGUGGUGAAGGUGCGCGCCAUCGAUCGGGACUACGGACGGAACGCGUCCGUCAGCUACUCGAUCCUGCAGGGCCGCGACUCGGACGGGUACGGCAUUUUCUCCAUCGACCCGCUCAGUGGCACCAUUCGGACGAAGACGUCCCUCGAUCACGAGGAGAAGACGAUCUACCGGCUGGCGGUGGCCGCCACGGACAAUGGGACGCCUCCGAAGCAAACGGUGCGGCUGCUGCGGAUCGAGGUGCUCGACCUGAACGACAACCGGCCCACGUUCACCAGUUCCAGUUUGGUGUUUCGGUUGCGCGAGGACGUAGGCGUUGGGCACGUGAUCGGUUCGAUCAGUGGCAGUGAGCAGUCGGAAGCGGACAACCUAAUCGCCGGUGCCGGUGGCGAUCUGCACAUCACGUACACGCUGACCCCGCUGACGACCGACAUCACCGAGGGUGCGUUCGAUAUCGAUCGCAACUCGGGCAAGCUGGUCGUGGCGCGGCAGCUCGAUCGCGAGCUGCAGAGCGAGUACCGGAUGGAGAUCCGUGCGCUGGACACGAGCGCCAGCAACAACCCCCAGAGCUCGGCCGUCACGGUGAAGAUCGAGAUAGCGGACGUGAACGACAACCCGCCCAAGUGGCCCAGCGAUCCGAUCAACGUGUACGUCUCCGAGGACACGCCGGUGGGCGCGAUCGUGUACAACUUCACGGUGCAGGACAACGACAGUGGCACAAACGCGGACAUUAAGUUUAACCUAUCCAAGCCGACGAUUGCCUCACAGAGGGAGCACUUUGCGAUCGAUUCCCUGACCGGAGCACUCACGCUGCUAGCACCGCUCGAUCACGAGGACACGCAAGAGUUCCUGGUGGUCGUCCAGGCCACUGAUCAGUCGUCGAACGCGACCGAACGGCUUACGACGUCUGCCACGGCACGUAUCAUGGUGACGGAUGUGAAUGACAACGCGCCCAAGUUCGUGAUCCCGGCGACCCCGGACAAUGUGGUGUACAUCAGUGACUCGCUCGAGACCAACCAGAUCGUGGCGCACGUGGUGGCGAUCGAUGCCGACAGUGGCGAGAACGGCCGGUUGGCGUACGCGUUCGUCAGCGGCAACGACGACGAGCGGUUUGCGAUCGACUCGAACAGCGGUGUGAUUCAGCUGGCCAAACCCUUCAGCAGCAAUUUUAUCGCGGACAGCGGCAAACGGAACGCGGUCAGUGGGAAGUACCAGCUCGUGGUGUCCGCCAGCGAUCACGGGUCGCCGAGGGCGCGCGACGCCAAGAUUGGCCUGCAGGUCGUCAUCCAGAACACGGCCAACAAUCCACCGCGCUUCGGCGAGUCCGUUUACCACGUCAACAUUACGGAGAACGUGCCGAGCGGCAGCUUCGUGGUGCGCGUGUCUGCCAAAUCGUUUGCGGACGCAGGCAACGGUGGCGGAGCCACCACCAACCUGACGUACGAGAUUCCACGGGGCGUCGGUGAGGAUCACUUUGUGGUGGACUCGUUCCGGGGCAUCGUUACGACCCGCGGCACGUUCGACCGGGAGGCGAAAGACGUGUACACCGUGCCGAUCUACGUGACGGAGACGAGCCGGUUCAAGAAGGCCGUCUCGCCGGUGCUACCGAGCGCAACGCACGACGGGGUAGCCCAGUUCGAUGUGGCCACGCUGGUGGUGCGGGUAACGGACGUGAACGAUCAUGCGCCCGAGUUUACGCCCGGCUCGUGCUAUCCGUUGGCAGUGCCGGAGAACGGCGAGCUGUCGGUUAUCCACACGGUCGUCGCCACCGAUGCGGACGAUGGGCUUAACGGGGACAUUACGUACAGUAUUGCCGGGGGGAACGCGGGCAACAAGUUUAGCAUCGAUCUGCACUCCGGAGCCAUCACGGCACGGCCCCUGGACCGGGAAGUGCACGCCCGUUACGUGCUGCAAGUGACGGCCCAGGAUCGCGGCUCACCCGUCUCGCUGCAGGGCCACUGCAACAUCACCGUCCACGUGGAGGACGAAAACGACAACGAUCCCAAGUUCGAACUGCAGAAGUACCUGGCCACCAUCGACGAGGAUGCGCCAGUCGGUACGACCGUCCUCACAGUGAAAGCGGUUGACGCGGAUGUCGGAAUCAACGCGCGCAUCGUCUACUCGCUGGCCAACGUGACCGAGUGGCUGUUCAACAUCGACAGCAAAUCCGGCGUCAUUACCACGGCAGGGUACUUUGACCGCGAGCGGCAAAAUGUGUACAACUUUAUGGUGGUAGCGAUGGACGGUGGCCGGUACAAUGCGCGCUCGCAGGGCGUUCCGGUGCAGGUCAUAAUUGCGGACGUGAACGACAACAAGCCCGUGUUCGACAAGUAUCCGUUCCGGGAGCAGAUCGGGGCGUUGGUGCAGCCGGGCCAGACGCUCCUGCACAUCUCGGCCACCGACCGCGACCAGGGCGCUAACGGGGAGAUCGUUUACAGCUUGAACGAAAGCUCGGCUAACGGCAAGUUCCGGAUCAACCCGACGACCGGGGCGCUCAGUGCCACACAGAGUCUGGCCAGUGAAAACGGUCGCCUGCUGCACAUCGAAGUGACCGCCCGGGACAAGGGCAACCCACCGCAACUGGCCACCGGCCUGAUCGAGCUACGGGUGGGCGAGUUGCAGCAGGAACUUCCGGUGCUGCGGUUCCAGAAUGGGUCGUACCGCGUGACGCUCGUCGAGAACACGCCUGUCGGGCGGUCGGUGCUGCAGCUGAGCGCGGUGCGAAGUGACGGACGACGGCAGAAGAUCAUCUACAGCUUCGGGUCCGGCAACGAGGAUGGUACGUUCUCGAUCGACGCCGUGACGGGUGAGGUGAAGAUCCGCAAUUCGAACAACCUGGACUACGAGAAGUUUAGCCGCCUGAAGGCGGACGGGUUCGAGCUGGUGGCGGUGGCCCGCACCGACGGCAGUCCGCUGCUGUACGGCUACACGACCAUCGCGGUGGAGCUGCAGGACGAGAACGACAACGCACCCCGCUUCACGCAGCAACAGUACGCGGCCUCCGUGUGGGAAGGUAACAGCAAGGGCACUUUCGUGGUCAAGGUGGGCGCGUUCGACUCGGACCAGGGCUCGAACGCUCGGAUCCUGUAUCACAUCGUCGACGGUAACCAUGACAACGCGUUCAUCAUCGAGCCCGCGUUCAGCGGGAUCGUCAAGACGAACAUCGUGCUUGACCGGGAAAUCCGUGACAAGUACCGGCUGAAGGUGAUCGCCACCGACGAGGGUGUGCCGCAGAUGACCGGCACCGCCACCAUAAAUGUCAACGUGGUGGACGUGAACGACAACCAGCCAACCUUCCCGCCGAACACGGUCAUCAGCGUUAGCGAAGCCACCAGCGUAGGAACGGUACUGACCACGAUAACGGCCAACGACGUAGAUACGAAUCCACCGCUAACGUACAGCUUCGCCGAUCUGGGCGAUGACGACGCCAUGAGCUUCUUCUCGAUCGAUCGGUACAGUGGCAAGAUUACGCUCAUCCGAGCGCUCGACUAUGAGGAUCGGCACGAGUUCCUGCUGCGCUUGUUGGCCUCCGAUUCGGCGCACGUCGCCCGCACUACGCUGACCGUGCGCGUGCUCGACGUGAACGACAAUGCACCAACCUUCCAGCAGAUCACCUACCACGCGGUUGUGUGCGAUACAACCGGCGAUAGCGGAAGUGGCCGCGGCUCGAACGUCCUGAUUUUGACCGUAAACGCCACCGAUGCCGACAGUGAGCUGAAUGCGGCGGUGCGCUACUCGAUCGCCUCUCCUCCAUCGGCUGCUGUGGGGUUCACGAUCGACGAUACGGCCGGCCAUCUGUUUGCCAACGUUAGCCAGCUGACUUCUAGCGCCCCCAGUGGCACACUGUACCUGACGGUGAGUGCGAUCGAUUCGGGUCAACCGGCUCUAUCGUCGACCACCACCGUCCGGGUGGAGCUCAAGUCCAAGGGCAAGGCGAACCCACAGUUCGUGCAGGCUCAGUACCGGGCGUCGGUCAGUGAGGACUCGCUCCCCGGCACGACCGUGGUCAGCUUGAUCCCGAAGUCCAUCACCACCUACCAGCCGGAAGCGGGUGCCGCCGUAGCAUUCGAGAUCGUUGACGGGAACGAGAACUCGGUCUUUGACGUCACAUACCCGGACGGGGCGAUCGUGCUGGUGGAUCGACUAGACCGCGAGCGGGUGGACUACUACGAGCUGAAGCUGGUCACGCUCGAUCCUGGAGCGCGGCACAUGUACAAAACCAAGAACCUCAGCACGGCGGUGGUGCGGGUGCUGAUUACGGUGGACGAUGCCAACGACAACGCGCCCGAGUUCCAGCCCGGAAGCUAUGAGGCCACGAUCAGCGAGUUGGCACCGAUCAAGCACUCCAUCGCAACCCUGUCAGCGCUGGACGCGGACCAGUCCGGGAUGGCCAACUCGGAGGUGGUCUACCAGAUCAUCUCCGGCAACGACGGUGGCCUGUUCUCGAUCGAUCUCGUGUCGGGGCUGCUGUACACCAACAAGGCACUCGACUAUGACCGCGGCCAAACCCACUACAGUCUAGUGGUGCGCGCGUGCGACAGUGCACCGGCUCCCCGCUGCUCCGUCCAUCCGUACGCGAUCGCGCUGACGGACGAGAACGACAACGAGCCGCAGUUCCCCGUGCCAGAGUAUCUGGAGUUUGUGGGCGAGAACGAACCGAUCGGGAUCAGUAUCUUCACGGCACGGGCCACCGACAUGGAUCGUGGCCCGUACGGCUCGGUGAACUACACGAUCGACGGCCCGGCGGCCGGAGGCAACGCCCUUUACUCGCCGCUCGACGACAGCUGGAAGCUCUUCAAGGUGGACCCCGUGAGCGGAGUGGUCAACUCGAAUGCCGUGUUCGACUACGAGGACAAGAAUCGGUACGCGUUUACGCUGCGAGCCACCGAUACGGGCGGCAAAUCGAACGCAAUCCGCGUACGGAUCGUGAUCGAGAGCCGCGACGAGUUCAGUCCGCAGUUUACGGAGCGCACGUACCGGUUCGUGAUAAAGUCAACCGACUCGGCGGGCCACCUUCCGAUGGGCUACGUGGUGGGUCACGUGACGGCAACCGAUCGCGACCGGGGUCCGGAUGGGCGGAUCGUUUACCAGCUCACCACGCAGCACCCGUACUUCAAGCUAAACCGCACGACCGGCGCGAUCCUGAUCAAGAAACGGCUCGACAACGUCGGUGCCAUGCUGGUGGACGCCGGCCGGGACAUCAGUCUCGUGGUGACGGCCGGGUCCGGUCGGCAGGGAUCGCUCACCAACAUGACCGUGGUGGAGAUUGUGAUCGACGCGUUGGCCCACCUGAAGGGUAACGAGCUGGGUGGCGGCGAGGCGAGCGGCAGCUCGCAGUCGGUGUCCGCCGGCGGUGGAUUCGCCAACUGGGCCGUCGGGCUCGUGAUCUCGGUGCUGCUGGUCGUGGUCGGGGCGGCCUCCGUGUUCCUGUUCCUGCACAUGCGCAACCGCCAGCAGAAGCACGUCAACAAGACGGGCCUCAGCACGGAAUCGGUGGGCCACUCGAACAACUACGUCGACCCGAGCGCCUUCGACACGAUCCCGAUCCGAGGGUCGUCCAGUGGCACGACAAGCGGAGGUCAGUUUGCGCCGCCCAAGUACGACGAGAUUCCACCGUACGGAGCCAGCUCCAACUCUGGAGCGGCCACUACCUCGGAACUGUCCGGGUCGGAGCAGUCGGGUUCGAGUGGGCGCGGGUCCGCUGAAGAUGACGGCGAAGAUGAAGAGAUCCGUAUGAUCAACGAGGGUGGCCCAUUGCAGCGCGAUGGGCUGGCCGGACUAGACGGGCGGCUAUCGGACGUGUCGGUGCAGAACACACAGGAGUACCUGGCGCGGCUGGGCAUCGUAGACACGGGGACGACCGGGAACGCGUCCAACUCGUCUCGCCGCUGCUCGGAGAGUAUGGGACUGGGGAGCUCCAAGGACGCCAUGCUGCACACGCUCCCGAUCGACACGCUGCACAUGUUCGACGACGAGCAUCACCGCGAGUCCGAUCUGACGAAUCUGAUCUACGCGAAGCUAAACGACGUCGUCACGAACAACAGUGACCGGGCUAGCAGCGUCGACGAGUCGGUCACGAACGCGGGCAGCAUCGGCGCGACGGUGGACCACGUAAUGAUGGGCGGGUACGGCGAUGUGCCGGUGGUCGGCAACCAGCAGGGCAUCUCGAUGAACGGCUCGCUCAGUUCGAUUGUACAUAGCGAGGAGGAACUGACGGGGAGCUACAACUGGGACUACCUGCUCGACUGGGGACCCCAGUACCAGCCGCUGGCGCACGUGUUCUCCGAGAUUGCGCGCCUCAAGGACGACACGCUGUCGGUGCAGAGCGGCAACAGUGGGGCGUCGAGCGCGAAGAGCAAAAACUCGCUCCACCACACGGUCAAGAACAUCCCGCCGCCCCUGCUGACCAACGUGGCGCCCCGCUCGAUCAACGUGCCGGUGUUUGCGGGCCGUGUCGUCGGGGCCGGACCCGGCAGCGUGCACCACGGGAACGCACCGAACCAGUAUUUGCUGCCCCGCUCGCCAAUCAGCCAUGACUCGGCGGCCGGCUUCAGCACCUCGUCGGCCAUGUCGCCCAGCUUCUCACCCUCGCUGUCGCCGCUGGCCACCCGGUCCCCGUCCAUCUCGCCGCACGUCGUGUCGGCGGCCAGCGUUGGCGGCGGACCUACCUCCCACCACAUGGUCUCGCUGCCCCGGCCGCCCCAGCAACGGGGCGGCGGGCCACGAAAACCGUACUGA